AUGGCGGCUGCCGCUGUAGGUGGUCCAGAGGGAGGGGCGGGCAGGGCAGCAACUCGAGUCAGGGGUGCAGCAACAAUAGCACCGUGCAACAGUUGCGCGACACUGCUUCUGCUGCUCUACGUUGCUGCUGUGCAGCAUACACCGCAAGCCCAUGAAGUGAAGGCCCAAAGGAGCAAUGUAGCAAAGAAAGGGUAUGUGACAAAUAACAAGAAACCUGGUAAACAAGUUGAAGGUGCUUGUUUAAAGAGAAAGACUGUGAAGAGAGUUGGUUGUCCUGCUAAGAUAAAAUUUAGGUUCUGUACUGGUGGGAAGUAUAUGGUGUAUUAUUUUUAUGAAUAUCAUUCUCACCCUUUUUCUACACCUAUUACUAGGCAGGUUACUAAACAUGAAGUUGGUUUAAAUUUUGCUCACAAGAAGUUUAUUUUUGACAACUCAAAGUUAAAUAUAGGGGUGAUUAUAUAUUAUAGGAUCAUGAAAGAACUUUGUGGUGGGUUUCAAAAUGUCAGGGGCAGUAAAGAUGAUUUCAAAAAAAUUUCUAGGGACUUGAAAGUUUAUAUCUCUAAUGCUGAUGGUGCAAUGUUUGUUCAGAACCUUGAACAAAAAGUGAAAACCAGUAAAGGGGGUUAUUAUUUUGAUUACUGUGUUGAUGGAAGUAGGCAUUUGACCCGUGCUUUUUGGGCUGAUGCUAUUGGUAGAAGAGAUUAUCAAUUAUUUGGGGACUCUUUAUCUUUUGAUUUUACCUAUGAUACAAAUAAAUAUUCAUUGUGUAUGGGAAGAGAACCCUCUUGUGUUAUCACUGAUCAAGAUCCUGCAAUGGGUAUUGCGAUAGAAAAGGUUUUUACCAAGAAUAAACAUAGGCUAUGUAUGUGGCACAUAAUGAGGAAGGUACCUGAAAAGGUUGGAACUGCCUUUUGUAAUGAAACUGAUUUCCUGAAAAAGCUAAGUGCAGUAGUUUGGGAUAGAGAGAUUGAUCCUCAUGUAUUCGUUAAUGGCUGGAAUAGUGUUAUGGAGGAGUUUAACCUUGUUGAUCAUGAGUGGCAUGAACAUGAUGAGUUGUACAGGCUUAAUAAACUUGAGCCUCAAUUGGUUACUAAUUUACACUUGGAAAAGCAUGCUGCUUUCUCUGUAUGGAGAUGGUGUGGAGUUUCAGUUAUUGUUGAUCAUGAGAAAAGGAAAAAUUUUGAUGUAAAUUUUGACUUGGCAACAUAUGAGUCAAGUUGUACUUGUAGAAUGUUUGAGAGUCAAGGUGUUUUAUGUAGACACAUUUUGUUUGUUAUGAAAGGCAAGAGUAUACGAGAAAUUCCUGAUUCUUAUAUCUUGUAUCGUUGGAGAAAAGAUGUUCUGAAGAAAGCUUCUGUCAUAGAUGUUGCUCUGGAUGAUGCUUCUAAGUAUGAUAAGAAGAAGCAAUUGUUCAGUGAUGUAUUGUCCAAGCUUUUCAGUUGUGUGAGUUUAACUGAUCAAUCUGAGGAUGAUUUAUUUAAUCUUAUUAGGACAUUAUCUUCAUUUGAGGAGCAGAUGAUAUCAAAGAAUAAUCCUGAAAAUGCACCUAGUUCAAAAGAGGUGAAAGACGCUGAUAUUCAAGUUUUGGUUGGGUCAAAUGAAGUUGAUGUAAAUGUCUUGCCUCCAAAUCGGUGUCUUAAUAAGGGUUAUUCCAGAAGUUCAAAGAGGUUGAAGAGUGCAAAAGAAAUAGCUACUGAAGAAAAAUCUAAAAAAGGCAGAACUUGUAGAGCUUGUGGGCAAUCUGGUGUUUCCCAUGACAGUAGAAAUUGUCCAAACAAGUAG